AUGUCGAAUGCAUCAUCUUCGGGCAACAACCCUUUUCUCAAGGUUUCAACAAAAGAGGAUAAACCGCCGUCGUUUCACAAAAUCGCAGAAGACGAGGAAUAUGAGGUGACGUCACCAACCGACGCUACCUUCCGAACCUCCAAGAACGCCGCGGGCUCGUCUGGUGGGAAUAACCCGCUCGAGAGUGGUCGAGCUGGAGAGUCGGCUGAGGGAAUCCGCUUUGGGAGGGAUCCCUUCGGUGGCUUUCCUGGUGGUGGACAGGAAGGCCAGGAUGAGUCCUCCACGGACCCCCAUAGCUUCCGUCCGACUGGUGGCCACGACCAUGGCUUGCCCAACAACUACGCCCUGGGCCGCCGGACGUCUGUCUCCGCCGAAUCUCUGAACCCUACAUCUGCGGGCUCGGACAGCUGGACCCCGCCGAAUCACCCAAAGUCGGAGGAGCAGCUCGCCCGCUUGAAGACAGCCGUCAGUAACAACUUCCUCUUUUCCCACCUGGACGACGAGCAGUCCAGGACAGUGUUAGAUGCAUUGGUUGAGAAGCCCAUACCCGCGAAGGGCAUUAAAGUGAUUUCACAGGGAGAUGCUGGCGACUUUUUCUACAUCGUUGAGCAGGGUCACUUUGACGUCUAUAUCAACCCUUCUGGCUCCGUGCAACCGGGCCCAGACGGAGCUGGCAACAAAAUCAGCACGAUUGGACCCGGCGGCUCCUUUGGAGAGCUUGCUCUGAUGUACAACGCACCUCGAGCGGCAACCAUUGUUUCGACUGAUUCGAAAAGCACUCUCUGGGCUCUAGACCGCGUCACUUUCCGGCGCAUUCUCAUGGACUCUGCAUUCCAGCGACGACGUAUGUAUGAAGCUUUCUUGGAAGAAGUCCCGCUUCUGUCUAGCCUCAAGCCUUACGAGCGCGCCAAGAUUGCCGACGCCCUCGACACGAUCAAAUUCCCAGCCGGUGAGAAUAUCAUUACGGAAGGCGACCCAGGUGAUGCCUUCUACCUGCUUGAAUCUGGCGAGGCCGAGGCUUUCAUGGAGGGCGUGGAUGAACCCGUAAAGUCCUACCAAAGAGGAGACUACUUUGGUGAACUAGCCUUGCUAGACGACAAGCCUCGAGCAGCCAGCGUUCGCGCGAAAACAGAAGUCAAAGUUGCCAAGCUUGGCCGGGAUGGAUUCAAGCGCUUGUUGGGCCCUGUGGAGAACAUCAUGAGGAGGACGGAGUACUCAUCGAGGCCCUCUACAGCGACAUAA